UUAUUUUAUUGUUCAAUUAUGUGUAAUUUACUAUUAAACAUAAAAUUUAAAAUUCCUAAUUUACUCUUUUCUCCCUUCUAUCAUCUCUUCUUUCCAAAUGUAGGGACUAAAGUCCAAGUAACCGCGAGGGCAAAGUUGGAAAGUAAAAAAAUAACAGAACGUCCACAUUCGAAAAAUCUAAAGGCUAACGACGCUUCGGGCGGUUAUUUACUUUGAUGUCGACAUGAUUUCUCCACUGCCAAUUUGUUUUCGAAUUGCAGUCUUUAAAAUCCCAAAAUGUCUGCGUUUCUUUCACUCAGUUUCGAAAUUGCUCCGAUUCACCAUUGCAAUGGCGGACUUCAAGCUUCACCGUCUUCUUCCCGCUUUUCUCGUUCUGUUUCUUCUACUUGUUCCUUCUGUGAUUGCUGCAGGCUGCCAAUGUCCUGAACAAGAAGAAGAAGAAGACGGAGGCGUUCGAAACAAAACCCUAGCCCUCAAAUACAAAAUCGUCGCCAUAGCUACGAUUCUUCUCGCUGGAAUCCUUGGGGUGUUUAUUCCCUUACUCGGGAGGGCAUUGCCGGCCUUGAGUCCGGACAAGGAUAUUUUCUUUGUCGUUAAAGCCUUCGCGGCUGGUGUCAUAUUGGCCACCGGAUUCAUCCACGUCCUUCCUGAUGCCUACGAGAAUCUGACGUCGCCGAAACUGAAACAGAAUCCUUGGGCGAAGUUUCCGUUCACCGGCUUGGUGUCUAUGGUGGCUGCCAUUGCCACUUUGAUGGUGGACGCCGGUGCCAGUUCUUAUUUCACUCGACUGAAUCUGAAUAAGCCUCAGCCUGAGACGGACGGCGAUGGAGAGAUGCAUCCUGCAUGUCACGCUCAUGCCUCUGCCAAAGUCGUCGGAUCAUCCACGGAGAUUCUCCGGCACCGGGUGAUCUCUCAGGUACUAGAGCUUGGAAUUGUGGUACAUUCGGUAAUUAUAGGGAUUGGUAUGGGUGUUUCUGAGACUCCAAGUACAAUAAAACCUCUUGUGGCGGCCAUCACUUUUCAUCAGUUAUUUGAAGGUAUGGGCCUCGGAGGAUGCAUCGCCCAGGCAAAGCUCAGAACCAGGGCAGCGGUGAUAAUGGCAGUUUUCUUCUGCCUGACAACGCCAAUUGGGAUAGCAAUAGGCAUUGGAGUAACCAACAGCUACGACGAGGAUAGCCCAAAAGCACUCAUAGUUGAGGGGAUUCUGAAUGCAGCCUCCGCUGGUAUCUUAAUGUAUAUGGCUCUUGUGGACUUUCUGGCUGCUGAUUUUAUGAGCCUUAGAAUGCAGAGCAAUGCAAAGCUUCAAUUCUUUGCCAAUGUUGCUCUUAUUCUUGGAGCUGCUUUGAUGUCUUUACUUGCCAUAUGGGCUUGAAAACUCAUACCAAUCUUCCCACCCAAAAUCACUUCAAGUACUUGUUAGAACAUAUGACUUCAAGCAUUCUAGUAAUAGAAUAAACAGCAUUCGACACGCUAUAAGUCUUGUGUUGUUUAGUCUGCAAUUUAGAGAGCUUGAUGUGAAGUGUAGAGUUGUUUGAUAUGAAGUUAUGAAGUCUGUGUUUAUCUUAUAUAUAUAUACAAUAUAAAUUUGUAUAUAUAUAUAUAUAUA